AGAGAGAGAGAGAGAGAGAGAGAGAGAGAGAGAGAGAGAGAGAGACUUGCUCUUCCAGGAAGGGAUUAUUAACCAGCACGCUGCCGACAUAUGAAGGGAAAACACACGCAGACAAAAGAAGUUUUAUGUCCGCGCUAUGGAGCCGACCAGCAGAUAAACGGAAAAAGAAAAGAAAAAGCAGGCUAUAUGAAAAAAGCAACUUCUCCCACAACAACAAACCGAGCAGUCGGACUGCCGCUUCUGCUCCUGCUGUGUAUGUAACGAGGAGAUAAAGAAGAGGACACAGCGGAAAAGUGGAAGGAGAAAGGGGAGAAGUUGACGGAAGAUAAUGUCUGAAUCCUCCUCCGCUGCGAACAAGCAGGAGAGGAGCUCUUUCAGUCCUUCCGCGAACCCGCUGCCAAACUCCACUUCCUCCCCCGUCCAUGCUCCCGCCGCGAGGCCAGCCAGCCGAAUGGAGGACGAGCCAGCCAGGCUGCCUGCGCACCUGCGUCUGCAGCCAGUCUUUUGGAGCAGGGAGGACGUGGCCCAGUGGCUGCGAUGGGCCGAGAAGGAGUUCGCCCUGCGGCCAAUCACCAGCGGCUCUUUCCAAAUGAACGGCAAAGCCCUGCUGCUGCUCACCAAGGAGGACUUCCGCUACCGGUCCCCCCACUCCGGGGACGUCCUGUACGAGCUGCUGCAGCACAUCCUGAAGCAGAGGAAGCCCCAUGUGUUUUACCCGUCCGCCUACUUCCCUGGGAACUCCUUCCACUCGCUGCCUGAAAGCGCUGUGCAGCACCUGAAGCUUGAAGAAACGGUACGGCGGGCCCCGCGUGGUACGGAGCCAGCCCCCCAGCAUCCACCAACCAUCGAGCUGCGGCACCGCUCCCGCUCCCCCCACCUGAACCAGACCAGACGAUCCCCCCUGGGGCCAAACCACCCCCGCGCAGCCAACGAAGACCACCUGCAGACCUUCUCCCAGCUGCCCGACAGCAACCACCACCUGCCCGAAGAAAUGUACCCUCUGUCGGUGUCCCCCGCCGCACCCAACGGCCGCUGCGCCACGCCCAGAGAAGCUCCGUGCCCGGGCAGCCCCGGGGGCCAGGAGCUGGGCCCUCCUCGCGUCAUCCAGCUCAUGCCCAGCGCCAUCAUGAACCCGCUGCUCCUCAGCCCGAGCCGUGCUGGCGAGGGUGCCGCCAUGGACUUCAGGCACAGCCGCGGUGGGCCCCCGUCUCAAGCCACGCUCGAGAACGGGCGUGAGAGGAAAGCACACGGCCACCCCCAUCAGAUACCAGUGUCCCAGCAACAGCAGCAGCAGCUGCUGCUGCAGCAGCAAGAGGAGGCGCUCUACAGGAACCACGUCAUCAUGCCUGUGUCUCCUCCAGAAGAGCAACAAAUGCCCAUCGGACGGAUAGCAGACUGCAGGUUGCUGUGGGACUACGUCUACCAGCUCCUGUCAGACAGCAGGUACGAGAACUACAUCCGCUGGGAGGAUACCGAGACCAAAAUCUUCCGCAUCAUGGACCCCAACGGCCUGGCCAGGCUGUGGGGCAAUCACAAGAACAGGACCAACAUGACGUAUGAGAAGAUGUCACGAGCACUGAGACACUACUACAAACUGAACAUUAUCAGGAAGGAGCCGGGCCAAAGACUUCUAUUCAGGUUCAUGAAAACUCCCGAUGAGAUAAUGAACGGACAGACGGACCGGCUGGAGCACCUGGAGUCCGACACAGAUGAACAAAUCUACAUUAAAGAGGAAUGCUGAGGAACUCUCGGUAAAAGAGUCCAUGAACUACUUACUACUACAGCCGCCGAUGCCUUUCAGAAUCAGCCUGAACAAUGGUCGUUGAAUCUGGACCGCGUGGACGUUUGGCUCGUAUCAGUCCCACACAGACAGACAUGAAAUCUCUCUUAAGAUUGCCUUAGGAUGAUAUUUUCCUAAAGUCAAAA